GCAAUGAUUCAUGUGAAUACCUUCUCUCAAGUGGCAGAUUUCUUGGAGAGAAAGUUUGGCAACCUCACAGCUGUAUGAUGCAUAAAUACAAAAUCAGCAUGAAAAUAUUCCUUUUGAAGACAAGACUGCAUCAGUUAAAGUGGAUUUUCUGUGGCAUCCUGAAGUUAAUGGUUCUAUGAAACAGUGUAUCAAAGUGUGGACUGAGGAUUCCAUUGCAAAACCACAUGUGAUUGUAGCAGGAGCUGCCACAUGGUCCAUCAAGAUUCACAAUGGUAGCAGUGAAGCGCUUUCUCAAUAUAAAAUGAACAUUACCUCCAUAGCACCACUUUUAGAAAAAUUGGCAAAGACUAGUGAUGUUUAUUGGGUCUUACAAGAUCCUGUUUAUGAAGAUCUAUUAAGUGAAAAUAGGAAGAUGAUCACUAAUGAGAAGAUAGAUGCUUACAAUGAAGCUGCAGUCAGUAUUUUGAAUAGUAGCACCAGAAAUUCUAAAUCAAAUGUUAAGAUGUUCAGUGUUUCCAAAUUAAUUGCUCAAGAAACCAUCAUGGAAUCUUUGGAUGGCUUACAUCUUCCUGAAUCAAGCAGAGAAACUAGUGCAAUGAUUCUUAUGAACGUGUACUGCAAUAAGAUUUUGAAGCCUGUGGAUGGGUCCUGUUGUCAACCUCGGCCUCCUCUUACUCUCAUACAGAAGCUAGCUGCUUGUUUUUUCACUUUAUGUAUUAUCGGAUAUUUAAUUUUUUACAUAAUUCAUCGUAAUGCUCAUCGGAAGAAUAAGCCAUGUACUGAUUUGGAAAGUGGAGAGGAAAAGAAAAAUAUUAUCAAUACCCCUGUGUCUUCAUUAGAAAUACUUUUACAGUCUUUCUGCAAACUUGGCCUGAUUAUGGCAUAUUUCUACAUGUGUGACCGUGCAAAUCUGUUCAUGAAGGAAAACAAAUUUUAUACACAUUCAUCUUUCUUUAUUCCAAUUAUCUACAUUUUGGUUUUGGGAGUAUUUUACAAUGAAAAUACUAAAGAGACCAAAGUAUUAAAUAGAGAACAAACAGAUGAAUGGAAAGGCUGGAUGCAACUUGUGAUUUUGAUUUAUCACAUUUCUGGAGCAAGUACAUUUUUGCCUGUAUACAUGCACAUUCGAGUUCUGGUUGCCGCAUACUUAUUUCAAACAGGGUAUGGUCAUUUCUCAUACUUCUGGAUCAAAGGAGAUUUUGGAAUCCAUAGAGUAUGUCAGGUUUUAUUUCGUCUCAAUUUCCUGGUAGUGGUGUUAUGUAUAGUAAUGGAUCGACCUUAUCAAUUCUAUUACUUUGUCCCCUUGGUCACUGUAUGGUUCAUGGUCAUAUAUGUUACUUUAGCACUAUGGCCACAAAUAAUACAAAAGAAAGCAAACGGAAAUUGUUUCUGGCAUUUUGGCUUACUGUUGAAACUAGGCUUUUUGCUGUUAUUCAUAUGUUUUUUGGCAUAUUCUCAGGGUGCAUUUGAGAAGAUCUUUUCUCUUUGGCCAUUGUCCAAGUGUUUUGAACUGAAAGGGAAUGUAUAUGAAUGGUGGUUCAGAUGGAGGUUAGACCGUUAUGUAGUUUUCCAUGGAAUGCUGUUUGCUUUCAUUUAUCUGGCUUUGCAGAAGCGUCAAAUACUUUCUGAAGGAAAGGGUGAACCUCUUUUUUCAAACAAAAUUUCAAAUUUUCUAUUGUUUAUUUCAGUAGUUUCUUUCUUGACCUAUUCCAUCUGGGCUAGCAGUUGUAAAAACAAAGCAGAAUGCAAUGAACUCCAUCCAUCUGUUUCUGUGGUGCAGAUUUUAGCCUUCAUCCUAAUAAGGAACAUCCCUGGAUAUGCCCGUUCAGUUUACAGUUCAUUUUUUGCUUGGUUUGGAAAAAUUUCAUUAGAGCUGUUUAUUUGCCAGUAUCACAUAUGGCUGGCAGCGGACACAAGGGGUAUCUUGGUACUGAUACCUGGAAACCCUAUGCUCAACAUCAUUGUCAGCACUUUCAUAUUUGUUUGUGUGGCACAUGAAAUUUCUCAGAUCACUAAUGAUCUUGCACAGAUUAUUAUUCCUAAAGAUAACUCAUCUCUCUUGAAAAGGCUGGCAUGUAUAGCUGCAUUUUUUUGUGGACUCCUCAUCUUAUCAUCCAUUCAAGAUAAAUCAAAACAUUAGGUUCCAAAAAUUCUAAAAAACCUAAACUCUUCAGGCUUACUUUGUGUGUCUCUAGAAGAGAAAAGCAUCUAUCUGGAGAUAUAAAUGUAUAUGUAAAUAUAAACGUUUGUGGCAAGAGGACAGUUCUGUGAUAUCUGUUGAACAUGUGUGGUUGUAUAUAUUAGAAAUGUACAUAUCCAAUGUGAAAUACUAAACAAACAAAAAACCGGAAUGCAUUGUAUAGAACUGCAUGUGAAGUCUUUUCUACUGAAUCUAUAUUUCCAUUUGUAAAUGAUUUUAAGUUAACAUAUGAAGGCAGGGAAAUGAUUACCUUUCCAGUAAAGAAUAUAGAUAAUUUAAUUAACUUAGUGACACCACCGAGUGUUUUGAUAUAACUAAAUUUGUGGUAAUAAGACUGUCUGCACCUAUAUUCAUCGUGGAACUUCCUAUUUCAUUGGAAACUUUCUUACUCAAGAAUGACGGCAGUAUUGCUUUCUUAUAUGUGCAAUGAAGUGGAAUGAUAAACAGUAUGCCUUUAAUUUAUAUGUGUUCUUGUUCUGAUGUUAUGUUUUCUGAAAUGAUUUUUCUUCCUAACUGUGGUUUUCAGGUAUGCAAGCCGAAAUCUUUGUACACUUUGCCUCACAGAAUAGUUCUGAGGCUCCAGUACAGGGUUUUGUCAUUGUUGAUGUUAUUGUUGCUUCUUUUUAUAAAAAGCCAAAAUUUUUUUUCCAAUCCAAACGUUCACCUGUUUCCUUUCCUCAAGCUAUACCAGUGUAAUACCAGUUACCCUGUGGAUCCAUUUAAUAUGUUAUCCCCACUAAUUAAUUUUCGUAUAUUAUUUCCAAUAUUUGGAAAACUCUUUAUAACCAUUUGGUAUUUCCUAUUACCCACCUCCUAUUUUACAUAUUUAUCAGUCUAAACUUGUACAGUGUAGUAAACAUGCAAGUUGUUAUGAUUGGGCUGUAUUACCGUAAGUAGAAUUUUAAGUAAACUGGUGAAUUUGGUCAAUAAAUGUUUUUGCUUUUUUUUUUUUUCUUUUUACAGGCUGUUAGAGGUAUACAUUUAUUUAUCUGUUGUACAGAUUUGAUUAUGAUUUUAAUGUUUGAAAGAUUGCACUUGUUUGCUUUUACUAUGUGUGGGGUAAAAUAUAUUUUCUGUUCACAGUAUAUGAAAAUAUGGAGUAAUUUAAACAGUAAAUAAACAUUCUGUGGAUGCUUAUUUUUGUAUUGGCAAAGUAUCAAUUAAACUCUUUGUGUUCUUUUUCAAAAA